UUGUGCUGCAGGUGGGAAAUUUGGCUGUUGCAUUGACACUUGUGUUCCCCCUGGCAGGUACCCGGAAUGGAACCCCGAGGCUCACUCCUCCAGCAGGAAUGCCGGGGACAGGAAGGAGAACCAGACCCCGAAGCACCGCUCCAGCUCCUCCAGCCCCAGCCGGCGCCGUUACCGGCCGGGGGGGCUCCGGGUACCCCCUGCGCCGCUUCCGCUCCCGCUCCCGGAGCCCCCCGCGCUUCCGACGGCCCCGCAGCCGCAGCCCCCCCCGGUACCCGCGGCGACCCAGCCCCCGGCACCGAUCCCGCUCCCCCCAGCGCUCCCGGAGCUCCCUGAGGCCCAGCUCCAGCUCCGGCUCCCGCUCCCACCGCUCCUCCAGCUCCGAGCGCUCCUCGCGCCGCUCCAGCCGCUCCGAAGACAGAAAGGCAGCACUCGAGGCCGUCAUGAAAACCCUGGGGCCCGAGUUCCUGGCAGAGUUCAAGAAACAUAAAUCACUUCAGGCAGCUGUGCAGGGAUCCUUGGGAUCGGGAAGAUCCUCAUCCUCUCAUGGACUCCCGGGGAAGGUGUCUGGGAGUGUGAAGAAGCCACUGAAGACAAGUGCUGCUGCAAAGGCUCCCAAGAAGGAUGGGUCUGCUGUGCCUGGGCCGAGUUCUGCCUCGCCCAAAACGGAGGAAUCAGCCCAAAACAAGGAGGGGGAAGAGGAGGAGGAAGAUGAAUCCGCAGGGAGCAGCAAACCUCAGUCUGCUUCUUACAACAGGCUGCUGAGGGAGGACCUGCUGAGCUGUGGGACCGUCCUGCAGAUCUCAGACCUGCCCGACGACGGCUUUUCGGAUCAGGACAUCAAAAAACUGGUGCAGCCCUUCGGCAAAGUCAGCGACCUCAUCGUGCUGCGCUCCAGGAACGAGGUGAGCGGG